AUGGGUUUGAAGGAGGACUUUGAGGAGCACGCUGAGAAAGUCAAGAAGCUCACUGCGAGCCCAUCGAACGAGGAUUUGCUCAUCCUCUACGGGCUCUACAAGCAAGCCACCGUUGGGCCAGUGACCACCAGUCGUCCUGGAAUGUUCAGCAUGAAGGAAAGAGCCAAGUGGGAUGCUUGGAAGGCCGUUGAAG